AUGUAUAAUUUAUUGUCGUCAAACUAUUUUAUCACGUGUGGUUUUGCAGAGUGGCGUUUGGGACUGGUCAUAUGCAAACUCGUGCCGUACUUUCAAGGGGUGUCCGUGAACGCUUCGAUAAACACGUUGAUGGCCAUCUCCGUGGAAAGAUGCUUGUCCAUUUGCUACCCCAUGAGUCCGGUGGGUAAAGGCGUCUGUAAGCGGGUCGUGGCCAUCAUAUGGAUUAUUUCACUCACCAUAACCAUGCCGUGGGCAAUAUACUUCGACUUGCAGCCCAUGGAGGAAGGCAGCGACAAUCAGAUUUGUCUGGAGUCAUGGCCGACCGUGGAGAGUGGCAACCUGUACUUCGUGCUGGCCAACCUGUUGCUGUGCUACGUGCUGCCACUGACGGUGAUCGCCGUGUGCUACAUGUUCAUCUGGCAGAAGGUGAGCCGGCGCAAGGUGCCCGGCGAGCCGAUGCACAACGGCGCCAACAUGGUGCAGCGGUCCAAGAUGAAGGUGAUCACCAUGAUCAUGUACGUGGUGGUGCUGUUCGCGGUAUCCUGGCUGCCACUGUACGUGGCGUUCUCGCUGAUCAAAUUCUGGCCACUGCCUCCGGUCGUCGAGAGCUACACUGUCGCCUCGCUGCCGGUCGCGCAGUGGCUGGGCGCCGCCAACUCGUCCAUCAAUCCGCUGCUGUACGCCAUCUUCAACCACCGGUUCCGAGACGGUUACCGGGCCUUGUUGUCCGGCAAGAUUUGCCAAGCGUUCGACUACAGCAACUCGGUGAGGUACCUGCGCGGCGGCCGGGCCGGCACCGUGGCCGCGGCCGCGUUCAAGCGGACCAACAACAACGACAACGGCCGCUGCGACCGCAACCGCAAAACCAUCGGCGCCAUAUACGUGCACGCCGCGCGAUCUCAGCUGCAGCAGCACACGGCUCAGCAGCGGAGACCUGUCCAGCAGCGACCUGUUCAGCAGCAGCAGCAGCAGCGUCCCUCGACUCAGCAGCUUUACCCACCCGCCAACCGGCUCGUCAAGUCGUCGUCGGUCAGGGAGACGCACGUCGCCGAAGGGUCGGCUGGUUCAGUGGUGCAGUUCUGUCCGACAAAAUGCGAAAAUUCGUUCGUGUGA